CGAGUUAACGUGUGCGAUUUUCUUGUUUUCAUAAUUAACAGUUCGAGGUCUAUGGACAGACCCACAGACUACGAGGAUCCACCUCCUGGCGGUCUCGAGAAUAUGUGGGGUAUGGAGACAGGGGCGGACUGCGAUUGUCCUGGGCCGCCCCCUAAGUUCAUGCUACCGCCCCCUCCUCGGCCGCCCAUUCUCCAACCUGAAGACCCCAUGUACUGCACUGAGGAUCCCUUGCCCAUCGAAACUUGUGAUGCCCUACCGCUCAUCGAUGCAAGUUACCGGAGUAGUCCAUCUUUCCAGACAUCGGCUGUGAUAGUAUUGUGUUCUGUGCUUCUUGGACUCCUAGUUUUUAUAGCUGUUAUUCUCAUUUGGAAGCACAAAAGGAAAGUGCAAAACUUUCUCCCUUGUAAAAACUCACCCCAAAACAACUGUGAUGUAAACACGGCGGCGGGCAUUUACGAAGACCUCCACGAUCUUCCCAGACCAACCCCCACGCACCACCACCACCACCCACAGCUUGCUGGGAGGCAUGUUGUCGCUCCGUCGAUAGAGAUGAUCGAUGUCAAAAACAACAUCCACUACCCCAGCGGCUACCCCAUAUCCACACACCCACCAGUAUUCUUGUGUUCGUCUCCAGGACCAGAUCCGUACUGUUCCCAGGACCUAUACAAUCCUGUCUACGAGGAACUCAGCGAUGCCGAUAGCGAGCUGGCCCCCGCCCCACACAGCGAGGACGAAUUCGCUGAAGAUGAGCUCAGCCUGGCAGGUGAAAUGGAAAGAAGAAGACUGGAAAUGCCCCCUCCCCCAUACAGGACGGAUCCGUUGUCCCUCAGGCGGGAAAUCCCCAGGUUUAGAAGGCCUCACGAACCUCUACCCCCCGUUCCUGCCAAUAAGAGACACAGGAGUCUGGACAGACGAAGGCAGGAGUUUCACGAAGGGAUGCUGCUUGAUGCUCUGCUUCAACUGUAUCCGAGGGUAGGAAGCGUGGAACACCCUCCGCCAACCCGCAGGCAGAUUCCCAGUAUAGCGCAAAGGAUACAGUGUAUGUCUCAGACACCUGGCCCGUACGAGAGUGUGCCUGUUUUGAGCCACUUGGCUACCUUCAGGCCCGUACCUAAGCCCUAUUCGCAGGAUUCCGCCCUGGGUUCCGACUCGGGAUACAGCAAUCAUACCAGUAGUAGGAGUUCCAAGAGGGGUAGGAGGGAUCCUAGACGGUUAUCCCAACUCAGUGCUGACUUGGCGUUGACUUAGAGAAAGCGUAGAAAAUUUUGCGAACGACAAUGUCUUAAUUUCUAGGAUAGAACAGUGCAAUUGCAGUCCAUUAUUAGUCGAUUGACCUUGGAGCUCUUUCGUAUGUUUCAUUUUGAAGCACUACGUUUAGCAAUGUAUAGUGUUCACACAUAGUCCAAAGAGUGUUCCUCCAUUGAUUGUUAUUUUGUAUGAUAAUUUGUAUAAUACUUCGCAGUUGUUAAACAACGUGUUGAAGCAUUUUCCUAUCAAAUUUUGAGAUUUGUUUUGAUGUACUUAUUCUUGGAACUGAUAUGUAACAUUCCAUGUGGAAGUAGUUCCGGAUAAACAAAUAUCUCCAAGUUACACCUCAUGUAGAAAUUGUAAAUACUUGUAUAUUAUGUCCAACCAAAGUUUCUAGAUUUCAAAUUUUCUAUACCUAUCUUCUGGAAUGUAAAUAGUUGUAAAUUAUGUUCAAAGUCUAUUUAUUACUGUAUAUAUCAUUAAUUAUUUAUUCAUCCUUCAAACACUGAUUGUCCUGUUUUCAAUUCAAAGGUCAUGGCAUGUUCUUUAAUUGAUUUCUCGAGUACAACAGCUAUUUGAGGCAAUUUGAUGAACUAGAAGAAAGUUAAACAAAUAAACAAAGAAAACUUGUUGCUGUCAACUUAGUCUGUUCUACUUUUGUGAAAGAAAUUUCGAAAUUCACCGCACUAGAGUGGAGACAAUGUGUUAUACAUACUCAAGUGACAGAAGGAACCCAAUAAGACUUUUAUAUUACAUCUUGUUCAAGUUAAAACUGAUGGAAACAUAAAAAAAUUCGUCAUUGUUCCAAAAAUAGUUUGCGUAAUAGAAAAUAACAACAAACAUUUUUUUCCGAACGAUCAAACUACGUAUCAGGUCAAUGUCAUUUUAUAAAAUAAGUCCGAGUUGCUACUAUACGAAAAAUUAUUUUAUCGACAGUUUCAGAAAAAAAAAUCUCCAUAAAAUGUUCUGCGGCAAUCUGAACAAUGCAAAAAUUGGUUAUUAAAAUCUUUAGAUCGCAUACGAGGUCAAAAAAUAUUAUUCUUGUUCUAAAGUAUUUUCGUUUUUGACAAUAUCAAAAACUAUCAUUGGAGAAUAUCCAGAAUUCAGAAUUGCAUUGAAUCAUGUGAUUGCGUCAGUUCACUAUACUUUUCAUAUUUCCAAACUUAUUCCUACAAUAACAGUGAUUGUAUAUGCAAAAUCGUUAAGAAAGUUAUUUUUAUAAAGAGCGACAGACAACUGUUCACUAUUUAAAUUAGCAAAAUUGAAAUUGAUGUGCAAAGUAAGAAUAUUGGUAAAAAUAACAUAACCUACUAUUCUGUUGCAACUGUCAAUUUCUUCAUAGGAAAAAUUCUUUCAGAUUCAUUUCAUUCAUCAUCAUUUUCAAAUUUUUUUAUAAGUCAGGUAACUGUUGAAAAUACAUCUUCAGAAUAAAGCUCGUAAAUUGCACCACAAACUAUCCAAAACUGUCGAGUGGACAACAAAUUUUGUUCUCAUAUAGUUUUCUUCGAGUUUCUU